CGAUUAAACGUGCAAGAGUAAAGUUUCGAAUAGACAAAAAGAUACGCAGAGAAACGUACAAAAAAUAAUUUUUUAUUCUUAAUAUCACCACCAACCUCACAUCACAUCACUACUAUUACUACAACACUCCUGGCUCAGUGUCUCUAUCUCUUCUCUCCUCCUCUGGUUAAUUUGGCCAAAUGUUUUGCAUGUGUUUAUUUUAUUUGUAAAUCACUUAAAAACUUAAUUAAAAUAAUAGUGUUUUAUUUAAAUUCUACCAAAUUAAAUUAUAAAUGUUUUUAACAUGCUGCAAAGUUCAUCAGCAUCGCGUAUUAAGAGUCAACUUCAUGCUGUCAGCUGCUGUUUAGUGCUUCUGCUCUUUCUAACACAACUUCAACCAUCCGAAGCACUUAUCGUUCCAAAUGAAUUGCCCUCAAUUUUGUCACUGGUUUACUCCAACAUUCCUCCAAUUAAGAAAGGUACCGAUUCUCGUCUAGGUUUUGGUUUCCGGCUUGGUGAACAUGCCGAUUUUCAAGUACUACUCGAAUUGGGACCCCAAAAAGAAACCCGGCCCAUAGGAGACCAAGAUAAUUCCGAUGGCUCCUCGUUCAACAAGAGACAAGUGAACAAGCGACAACAGUUAAGAGUACAACAAGAGAUGUCUUCAACGGAGCGCUCUGCUGCCACUUGGCUGGAGAAAUGGUCAAAUGAUGCCAACACUUCCAAGAAGAAGAUUAAAACCACAAAAAAACAAAUUGCUAAUAAACCAGCUGAAAUGCCAACCAUGCCCCAGAUGCCGGAUCAAACUUUAAGACAAUUACAAAUGUUAUACAAAAUGGCCACAAGUUCAACGUCUGAAAGUACAGUCCCAUCCACUUCCACCGAGAGUACUUUAAAAUCGGUGGAAAUCAGUGCUGCCACACAUUUGCAGGAGAGAUUAAAAACCUUUAAAGCUCCCGCCAAUGUAGAAGAAUUACAAGUUUUGCUGCAAAAACCUACAGGGAAAACAAAAACCGAAAUCACUAAAGAACUAAUGGAUGUCAAUUUGGAGAAGUGAUUUCAUUUCGUGUAGAACACUAAAACUUUUGUAUAUUAUUUGUAUGGUGGUGAUAUAAAUAUGUUUUCUUAUACUCUUUUGUAUGUAUUUUAGUUAAUUAAUUUAGUUACGUUUCUUUGUAUUAUAUUAGAUAUUGUUUUUGUAAAUAAAUUUUACUCGUUUGUAACACAAAUACAGAUUAAGUCCAAAUUAGUUUUUAAAUAAAAACACCCACAACGAAAUUAACAAAUAAUAAAUGUCCAAUUUCAUCAAGAUAUUAAUUAUUAUAAGACAACUAUAAA